GACGCUAGGGUUUACGAGCCCUCCCUCUGGCCGCUCCUGCUAUAAAGUCCCGGCCUCACACACCCUUGCGCCUCCGCCGCCGCACCAGCUUCUCUUCCUCCUCCCGCAGCGCCUCCUCGAAUCCAAGAGAUCAAGUCGCUGUUGUUGUGCCACUCCCCCUCCAGCCGCCGUCAUGCAGAACGAGGUGGGUGACAUGGUGGACCUCUACGUCCCCAGGAAGUGCUCGGCCACCAACAGGAUCAUCACGGCCAAGGACCACGCCUCUGUCCAGAUCAACAUUGGUCACGUUGAUGAGAAUGGCCUCUAUGAUGGCCGCUUCACCACCUUUGCUCUCUCUGGGUUCGUCCGUGCUCAGGGUGAUGCUGAUGGCUCCCUGGACAGGCUGUGGCAGAAGAGGAAGGCUGAGAUCAAGCAGCUCUAGAUGUUGCUAGUAGUUUUACCUGGAACUUGUGUCCUUCCCAUGUCUACCUAGCUCUUGGAUGUCUGUGGUUGGUUUCAGUUGCUGCUAUGGAAGCUAAGACUUGAUGUCACUUGGCCUGGUUUAUUGUGAACAUGUUUUGAGUUUAAUCUGUGUUGAAUGCUUGA